AUGGCCAAACUUUCAAGUCUCCUUUACACACUUUUCUUUGUUCUGGUCUACAUUACCUGCCCAUCAUAUUCGAUUAAGGUUUAUAAUGUUAUCAGUUUUGGAGCUAAACCCAAUGGCAGAGUGGACUCCACACCAGCAUUUCUUAAUGCAUGGGCUGCAGCCUGUGCUUCAACAGAUUCUGCCACCAUAAAUGUACCGAAGGGAAGGUACCUGCUUGGCUCAUCUUUGGCCUUCAAAGGUGGCUGCAAAAGCUCUGAUAUCACUUUCCAGAUUGAUGGAACGUUGGUGGCUCCGGCUGAUUAUCGAGUGCUAGGCAGAGGUUAUAAUUGGGUAAGCUUUGAAGGUGUUAGUGGCGUUUCCAUUAUUGGAGGAGCCCUCGAUGCCAAAGGACAAGCCUUGUGGUCUUGUAAAUUAGCUGCUGCUGGCACCAACUGUCCCAGCGGAGCCACGACGUUGAGCUUUACCAAUUCCAACAACAUCAGGAUCCAUGGAUUACGAUCACUAAACAGCCAGAUGUUCCACAUUGUGUUCAACGGCUGCGAGAAUGUGCAUGUUGAAAGACUCAAAAUCAUAGCCGCUGACGACAGCCCAAACACAGACGGCAUUCAUGUCCAAUUAUCCAGAAAUGUUGUGAUCAUGAACUCUAAAAUCCAAACAGGGGAUGAUUGCAUCUCCAUUGGCCCUGGCACUAAGAACUUGUGGAUUGAACGUGUCACAUGCGGCCCUGGUCAUGGCAUUAGUAUAGGGAGUCUUGCAAAGGACCCAGAAGAGCUAGGGGUCCAAAAUGUGACAGUCAAGAAGGCAGUGUUUAUUGGUACUCAAAAUGGGUUGAGAAUAAAGUCUUGGGCCAGACCCAGCACUGGUUUCGUCCAACGAGUCCGCUUUUUAGGCGCUGUUAUGAAGAACGUCCAAAAUCCCUUAGUUAUAGACCAACACUAUUGCCCCCACAACAUCAACUGCCCCACUCAGGUAUCGGGUGUAAGAAUCAGUGAUGUGAUAUACCGUGGCAUACGAGGAACAUCAGCAACUCCAAUUGCAAUAAAAUUUGAUUGCAGUUCCAAGAACCCAUGCACUGGGAUUAGACUCGAAAAUGUCAAUCUGACUUGUUCCAACCAAUUAGAGGCUCAAUCGUUUUGCACCAAUGCAGUUGGGAAGACUCUUGGCUUAGUACAACCUAACAUGAGUUGCUUGUGA